GCACCUGUCAUUAGCAUAGUGUUUUGGCAGUUUGCUUACUCGUUGAAACUUUAGAAAAAAAGACGAAACUGUUCAAUAUAAACGUUAAUUUAAAGAUUAAAUGACGUAAUGGAUCGAGACAGGAGUAAAGAUGCGUCCGAAGGUAUUGCACCUAUGGGAAUACAGGCAUUAAAUGAAACAGUGCUAAGUAAUCAGCCGGAGUCUCGUUAUGAAUGUCCUGUGUGCCUAAACUGGCUUCGAGACCCAGUCAUAACAACCUGUGGUCAUAAGUUUUGCAAGAGCUGUAUAACUUCAUGGUUACAGAACAGUGGCCACUGCCCCAUAGAUAACAUAAACUUGAGUAUGAAGGUGGAUAUAUUCCCAGACAAUUACACUAAAAGGGAGAUACAAGAACAAAGAAUGAACUGCCCAUUCUCUACUAAAGGUUGCACAGUAAAAGUAACACCACUAGAUUUAGACGCUCACAUAGCGUCGUGCGAGUUCAAUCGUCCAGAAACCUCGACACAGCCAGAGAUCAGAGUACCUUGUUCUUUCCAAACUGUUGGCUGCAAGGAGACCUUCGAUAGCCAGGAGGAUAUGAACCACCAUGCUGAGACUGAUGUCCAGAAACAUAUGAGCCUUCUAAUGAAUGCCUAUUCAGAAAUGAAGAUCAACAACGACAUGUCGAACGCAAGUAUUGACGCUAAGGAACAGGAGGCCAUGACACUCUGGGAAGCGCCCGAUAAGGACGGCAACCAGGCGGCGUCUGCGCCACUUAAUAACACCAGUGCACUUAUAAGGGCCCUGUACGAAAGAGUAGUAGUACUAGAACAAAGGAAUCGUGAACAAGAUAUAGUGAUAGCCAACAUGUCCAAGCAAUUAUCAGCCUUUGCAGUAGCCAAGAUGAAACAAAAUAAUGACAUGUUCCUCCGAUACUGUAUGGGCAACUAUGUGUGGAGGAUUGACAACUUCAAAGCAAGACUUGAUGCUAUGUUGAGGGAUCAUUACAAAAUGUUGUACAGCCCUGGGUUUUAUACGUCGCCUAAUGGAUACAGAUUCUGCGUUCGCCUCAACAUAUCACCUCAAAACCCUCAUUGCUUCGCCCUCCACGUGCACUUGAUGAAAACAGAAAACGAUGACUGUCUCGACUGGCCGUUCAAUGGGCGCAUUUCCUUCGCAAUGAUCAACCAGUACAACCCUGAACUGACUCAGAAGGACACUAUGAUGUCCAACUCCUCACUCAUAGCCUUUAGGAAGCCCUCAGCAGAGAUCUGCGUUCGAGGGUUUGGGUAUACAGAAUAUGCUGUAGUCAGUGACGUCAUCAGGAAUGGCUUUGUCAAGGAUGAUGUGCUUAUAUUUAGAGUGUCUAUCCGCUGUGUAUGACAAGAGGAGUAAGUUUAUUGUUUGUUAUUUUAUCUCCUUUUGUUUUUAUUUAGGAUUGUGCAAAAUGGUCUUCUUUUCAUUUUGUGGAUGUCUAUGAAUAUAUAUCCUCGUACGUAAACCGCACAGACUUUACACGGCCGACGUAUCUUGGCGAGUCUGAAGUUAGCCGUUUGUCUGCGUAAUGGAUCUUUUAGGCACAAAAUUGUAUACUGCGCAGCUAAUCGGCUAACUUCACACUCGCCAAGAUACGUUGACGGUAUUGUAUAUCCUCGUACCUAAAUCUUAAAUUUAUAAAAAACUUUUCCAGUUAAUCGUUUUAUUUAUUGAUAUUAACGACUUACGUAAAUCAAAUGUGAAAAGAUCACUAGUUUGAAGGCAUUACGUUUGUUUGAGUCUGUUGUGCGAAGUGGCCGCGAUGCGAAUCUCAUUAAUAAGAGUCCCGUUCUGACUUGACUGAAAACUAGUAUGUAGAGUUUUCCUCAGUAAAUUCACGUGUGUAAAUCGUUUGUUUCAAUAAAUUUAGUAUGUCUCUAACUAAAUGUAUUAAAUGAUAGUUAAUAUUUAUUGUUAUAUAGGAAAAUUGACCUUAUCUCCAUCAUAGUUUUAUCUUAAUGCUAAAAUUACUUGCAUUCUCAUUUGAAGUCCAUUUUACACAGGUUUAAAGUUAUUGGCCAUGUAUGUACUUAAGUGAAAAGUAAGUAGUAUAAAUGUGUCAGCUUAAAAGAUUAAAAAUAUAAUUUAAAACAUUGUACUAUAGACUGUCUAAAUCUACAUUCCGUCCAAGACUUCCAAAGUAUUUUUUUUUUGUUUGUCCCACCUUUUUAUUUAAUGAACAAAAUACAGUAUUAAUUUUUUAACCUCUCUUGGGUGUUUUAAUGUAUGAGAGGUGCCUAUUAUAUAGAUCUAAUAAUUUUAUUAAUUAGGAAUCUCCAUUGUAAAAACUGUAUCAAAGAUUAAGAUAAUAUAUGUAAGUACCUAUAGUUAUUUAAAAUUUACAAAUAUGAUGUGGAGUCAUUCCGUCCAUGCCCCAGAGAUAUAUUAAUAUUAUACAAUUAUACAAAAAGUUAAAAUAAGUAUUUACUAUAGUUAACUUUAAACAUAGAAUAAUAGAAAUAUUUGUAAAAAAUAAAUGUGUUAGUAACAAUUUGACAACAGAAAACUAAAACUUAAUACAAUGAAAAUAAGAGUUAUAAUUAAAUUAAAUUAUACCUCUUAUAUUUUUAUUAGUGUCUAAUCAUUAUUAGUGUCUCAUAAGAUCUUUAUUUCCACGUAAUAUGUACUUACAUUCCACUUUUUGAUAAUCUGUAGAUUGUACACAUUAUUAUUAUUUUCUAAAAAGCAUUAUUUGACUUCAGACUGUUGGUGCUCAUUUAAGUAUUCUAAAUAUAUUUUAUUUUAUUUGU